AUGGUUAAACAAGUUGAGGACAAAGGGGACGGGACAGGACUGGACGGGACGGGGCAGGGCGCGGCUGUGCGCGAGAAAUAUAUUAUAUACGUUGGAGGUCUGACUAGUACAUAUGCUGGUCUAGUAUUUCUAAGUUCAUUUUUUGUUCUCGCGAUUCCGGAGCACAGAUGCGCGUUGCCAGGUUGGGAGAACGACACAUAUGCCAUCCAGUCUCCAGCCCACCUGGCAGCUGUAAACCAGACCAUUCCCACCACCGACGACAAACACCAGUAUGACCAAUGCAACUUUUGGGUCACCGACGCCGACGGAAAUGAGCACAAAGAACAAUGUAGCCAGUGGGUUUAUGACAAGUCUGUAUUCACGUCCACUCUCGCGGCCGACCUUGACAUGGUGUGUGGGCGUGCUAUUAUGAAGUCGAACGCCCAGAUGAUCUUCUUCUUUGGUCUUCUUGCUGGCUCUUUCCUCACUGGUCUCGCCUCCGACAGAUUCGGCCGGAAACUGACGAUGAUGCUGUCCACCACGGUUUACGUGCUAGCAGCGACUGUGAUCGCGUGGACGCCAGGCUACGUCGUUUAUGUUCUACUUACGUUCGCCGUUGGCUUCUGUGCCGUUGGAAACUUCAUGCCCGCUUUUGUUAUCGGGAUGGAAUUUGUGGGUCCACCGUACCGGAAGGUGGCGGGAAUUGUGAGCGGCUUCCACUGGGUUGCCGGAAAUGUGAUCUUGGCCGGGCUUGGCUACCUCAUCCGGGACUGGAAAACACUGCAGCUGGCUUGUGCCCUUCCCGGAGUGUUAUUUCAACUCUGGUGGAAAUUCUACCCCGAGUCUCCCCGCUGGUUAUACACUCGCGGCCGCCUGUCGGAGUGCGAGUCCAUCAUCCGGUCCGCCGCAAAAUGGAACAAGAGGGAACUUCCUGCAGGCUUCUUCGGAAAAGUGUUCCAGGAAACACCGACAAUGACCAGUGAACGCAUAUGGCAUCUUUUCACCAACAGAACCCUUUGCAUUCGAACGCUUACUGUCUUCUUUUGCUGGUUUGCAGUGUGUCUGUCAUACUACGGACUCGCCCUCAAUAGUGGUGACAUUGGUGGAGACAUGUUUCUCAACUUCUUCCUGCAAGCACUCAUGGACCUUCCGGCUACUGCUAUCACGCUCGUGCUCCUGGAUCGCACCGGAAGGAAGCCUCUCCAGGUCGCCAGUUUCUUUAUCGGCGGCACGGGGUGUCUGGCAACCAUGUUUACAAUCGUGUAUGGGAAGGAAGCAUACCAGACGGCAACAACUGUACUGGCAAUGCUUGGUAAGGUCGGGGCGUCGAUGGGGUUCUCCAUGGUGUACGUUUACUCGGCGGAACUCUUUCCGACGGUGGUCCGUAACGCAGGCAUGGGAUCUUGCUCCGCAGUGGCUCGAGUCGGGGGCAUGUUAGCACCGCUCAUAGCUGAUCUGGACCGGUUAGUUGGCGGGAGUUUCGGACAAGCCCUCCCUCAGCUUGUGUUCGGAAGUCUAACUCUCGUGGCGGGCUUUUUAACGCUAUUUCUACCGGAGACAUGUAACCGCCGGCUCCCGGAAACCAUCGAGGAGGCAAUCACCUUUGGAAAUAAACCAGACGACACGGUCGAAACGGGAGUCGACAUAUCAGUGUCAGAAAAAGAGAAGGAGGUGUAUGAAAACAAAGCGUUUGAGGAUUCCAGCCUCAAUACUAAGCUAUGA